AUGCUUCAGCAGGAGAACGGCGGAUCGUCGGUGCUCGAGGAGCAGCACCGGGGAGCUAAGAGUAAACUAGAGUGCGGGAAGGGGUCUGGUGGCUCCGACCAAAAAGACAACCAAAGCUCAGAAAGCUUUCUCGAGAGACGUUCUCCUGGUCUAGCUUCUAGGGAAAACGAGACCACGGAAGAGAACGACGCAUAUGAAGAAACCAAAGGCCUAGAUUUGACGAUUUUCGAGGCGCUGCUGAUUGAUAUUGCGAACUUUGACAAGAAAACUUCCGAGAAGAGCGCUCUCGCCAAGAAACUACUGGACGGAACCAAGUCUAGCGAUAACAACGACAACAGGAUCAACAACAACAGCAACGGCACGGCCAACAACAACAGUUUGAACGGGACCAGCGAUCUCCUUCUCAGUUGCGAAGACAUCAAAACCUCGAGCUUGAAUAACAACAUCAACAACGUCUGUAGCAGUAGCAACAAUAGCAGCGGCGGCGGCGACAGCCCGAGCAACAGCAGUAGCAGCAACAAUAAAAAUAAUCCAACAAGUGGCAACAGAAGCACCACCACCACCCUCAACACCUCAGAAAGCCAAGUAUCAGAGCGGAGCGGAGGAACAGGCUGCGACGACUUAAUGCGUGGUAUGGGAUCUGUCACCGGUCGGACGAUGGGCGCCUCUGAGAGUCGCUCAGAUCAUCGAUCACCAGACGACGAUGACACAUCUUUCAAUCACCCUGCCCCCGUGAUCUUCACGGGAAGAAUGGAAGAAAUCCGGACCAGUAUGGGCACCGGCGAGAAUCCGAAACGGAAGAAAAAGGACACAUGCUAUAAGACUUAUCAAGCCGACUCCGUCGACGGCCAUUUUGGUGAUAAGCCUGUAAAGGAAAUUCUGCAUAUUAUCGAUCCACCUGAAGACCUCCAGAACAAACUCAAAGAACGAGAACGAGGGAAAGGACCUUCGAGAGUGAAGAACCAUGUCAAAACCAAAGAAAACGCGCCGGUAUCUAGCGUGAACUCUCCGUGCUCAGACGGAGAGAGCACCUCCUCGCCCCCCGCAACCUCUCCCGAACGAACUAAGAGACCGCUGUCCCCGCAAUCUGAGAGAGGGGGUUCACCGGUCGGCUUGGCUGAAGACUGCGAAGUCCUUUGGCUGAGCGACCCUGAUCGCGCCAAGCCGGAAGACUGGGAAAAGGUUCGUCGGGGUCGAAGACAAAAGAAAACCCCGCCUGCUCCUUUCGUGGCUCCUGAGAGACGGGACCACAAGGAGCGGUGUGCUCCGUUCGGCCAAAACCCGCACCACCAUAACAACAAUCAUCAUCAGCAACUUCAGCAGCAGCAACAUAAACAAACCCAGACGAGUCAAGUGCAGCAACCCAACGUCCCGCAAUCAUCGACGAGGUACGCUGCAGCUGCUCAUUCGACGUCCGCUACAGCUGCCGUGCAAACCAGUUCCACGAGUCCGUCGUCUGCAGCCUCGACAUCGAAAAAAGCAUCGCCACCGAUCUCGAGAAUCGCGAACAAUUCUGAUGAUGACUUCCCUCCGAUCGGUCCACCCCCAUCGCAUGGAACGAGACCUCUCGUCCAAAGUCAGAAACCCAAAACCAUCACGACAGGCCCAUGGGGCUCGGGUCGAAUGGCGGAUGUUCUACAGGGUAAGAAAGUUCCUCCACCGCAGCAGCAGUCCGCCCCACAGCAGCCAAGGGAGCAAAGGCCGCCGACCCCGCAACAGCAGUUAUCGCCAAAGCAACAACGCCUACAACAACAACAACAAUCACCACCGAAACAACAGCAACAGCAGGCCCUUAAUCUCCAAGCAACGACUUCUGUGAAGAGCGAUGCGAAGUCCACGCCACCCGUGAACGCGGUGAACAGGGGUGGCUCCACGAAAACGAUUAGACCUGGAAUCGGUGUGGUGCCCGGUCCCACAGGACCCAUCUUACCGCCGGGGGCUGACGGUGACUACGGCGACGAACUCAGAGAAGAAGAGGGGCUCUCAUUUGGGAACUUUGACGUGGAAACCAUCCGCUCGAUAAAGGCCAGUGCGAGAAUCCGCGUUGCCUCGAGACGUGACGAGGAGGAAUUGAAGAGUUGCUUCAACUACGGUCAGUGCGUGAAACUCCUCAAUGAUCACUGGCUGGAAGUCCACAGAACUGUGCAAGAUCCGCAAAUGAUUCCGGCUCGCUCCAUUGAAGCCGGUGGAAUCCGGAAACAGUGA